AUGGGGGCCAGUUCCAAGAGCCCUACGAGCCCCAAGAGCCCGAGUAGCCCGGGCUCUCAAAGCCCCAAGAGCGAGCAACCCCCACCUCGCCGCCACCAGUUGCCUCUGACUCCGGGCCAGCACCGCUCAGCACCGAGGAACAAACGCUGCUGGUAUUCUCCCUGCAUCGUACUGGACUCACUCGCAGAAGAUCCCGCUGAUGACGGUGCCUCGACGAUUUCAUCCCUCGCUUCGACCACCGCUUCCCUGAGCUCCAGUAUCUAUGACUACCGCACUAUUCAUGGAAGAACAUAUCACGCCGAAAUUGGCAAUGCCGAGUCAUGGGAACCUAACGAUCAGCGUCACGUUGAUGCGUUGGAGAUUUUUCACCACUCCAUGGUUCAAUUGGAUGGAAAGCUUUACCUCUCCCCACUUGACAAGAAGAAGAUCCAUAAAGUGCUCGACGUUGGAACAGGCAACGGAAUGUGGGCCAUGCAAGUUCUCUCGCUUUCCGUCUAUCAGGUCCGAGCCGGUUAA